AUGGAGGUUAAAAUUAAUGAGACCGUUACUGUACCAGAGCUUGAGCUAGCGCUCAAGGAAUUCAUACUAAUCUAUCAACACUGCACUAUUCUAAGUGAUGCUAUGAUGAUCGAAAAGGCAAAAUUGUUAGCAGAUGAACUAGGAGUCCCUGAAGGCAAGUUAUAUUUUUCUUCCAGGUGGCUCCAAAAAUUUAAAGAGCGAAAUGGAAUCUGUCAGAUAAAGCUUCAUGGAGAAGCAGAUUCUGUUGAUAAGGAUGUUAUUACUGAAUCCUUACCUUUAUUGCAAAGUAAAUACUCCAAAUACCCUCUUGACCGCAUAUAUAAUAUGGACGAAACCAGACUUUUUUACCUGGGCCAGCAUGUUCUUUUACUUCUUGACAAUUGUUCUAGUCAUAAAUUAGACGAGUUAACCCUCCAGUAUGUAGAUGUAUAUUUUUUAUCCAAAAAUACAACUUCUAGGAUACAACCAAUGGAUGCAGGAAUAAUCAUAGCUUUUAAAAGAGCCUAUCAUCAUUUUCAUCUUCAAUGGAUGUUGGAGCAAGUUGAAGCAGGUAAUUUCGUUCAGGAUUUGAAGAUAGAUGUUUUACAAGCGAUCUUUGCAAAUCUUUCAGAUGAUCUUCGUGAAGCUGGUAAUUCAAGACUUGAAAAUCUUAUUAGGUCACUGAAUACUUUCUGUCUUCCAAAUGCAAUAGAAACUGAUGAAUUCUUAAAUUUUAAUAGUGAGGAGAUUGUUUACAAAGUUUUCACAGAGGAUCAAAUCAUUAAGAAGCUAGCUUAUGUGUUCAGAAAUGAUGAAAGUGUUAAAGUUAUAGAUGAAGGAAAUAUUGAGGUAAUGGAUGAAGAGGAAGACAAUAGUGUGGAACCCACAGUUGUUAGUGGUAGUUCGGUAUUGAAUAGCUUGAAAAAUGUUCGGAUGUUUUUACUUCAGCAGGAAGGCUCAGGUGAUCAAUUAAAAUCAAUUAAUUUUCUUGAGAAAUUUAUUAGAAAAAUGAUGUCAAGUUCUGCUCAGCGAACUCGCAUAGAUGAAUAUUUUAAGACAUAA